UGCAUGCAUUUUGAUCCAUUGCUUUCUCGCAUGUUGUGUUAGUACGGUAGCUUGGGUGCAAGGGAGUCAAGUCGCGUGUAUAGUUUACGGAGUAUAGUGACGCUAUUAGAGUUGAAGCGAUAUGAGGAAGCAUUGAGGCAUCUCUCAACGCGAAUUAUUUACUGAAUAUCACUUUUCUACUGCAACGUUGAUAAAGAUCCAACAUUACAUCUAUUACAGCAUAAAUUAAAUCUACAAAAAGGCAAAUAUAUUUGUAUAUGACUCUUGUAAUAAGAGUGAUUGCGGUAAUCUUAUAAAAUAUUGGUAUCCUCUUAUGUAUGCACAUGCAUAUAUAUGCAUGAGCAUGUAUUUUUAAAUAUAUACUGAUUAUUACACAUAUAUCACAUAAAUAUAUAUAUAUAUAUAUAUAUAUAUAUAUAUAUAUAUCCUAACAACAUAGAGCUGCCAUGUUGGAAAGCCAGACAUCAAAGCCACAGGAAAACGAUGAAUAUUAUAUAAUUAUAGGUUGGACUGCAUCUGAUAAAAAGUAUUUUCUCAUAAAACAUCAAUUUGGAUCACCCAAGAUGCUCAACAGAUCAGCCACACAAAGGAACAGACAUUUACUUAGGUGCAAAAUUAAUAGAUCCUUGAAUUUUGAUUUCAAUUUUUCGAGAAAAAAUCAUUCCCGUCGUCUAUCACCAAAUUCAAUGAACCAUAGUUGCUUCAGUAUGAACAAACCAUCACGAGAAUUAUCCAGAUCAGCUAAGAUAAUGAGAGCGCUGAGCAGUGAUAUUUCAUUUCGCAAUAGAAAUGAAAAUAUAAAAAAGUCAUUGCAAUUCGAGUUUAGUUCGGAGAAAACUAAUAGUUCUGAUGAAAGCACUUCUGUUGAGUCGAUAGUUAACACGCCGGUGCAUACACCAGAUAAGUCUUUGGGGUUCGAUAAAAGUUCGACCGAUUCUUCUGCUACCAGCAAUGCGCCGAGCGUAUCUUCAGAGUCGAUUGACGAAAAUCAAAAUCGAACACCACAACAAAUUCGAAAAGUUGGCAGGAUAGUGGGUGAUACUUCCAAUACUAAGAGAAGCGCGAGCAAAUCGAGAUCAUCUGGUUCGCGAUCGAGCUCUACAUCGUCUCUUCGAAGCAACAUGAAGGAAAAAAUCGACAGCAUUAUAUGUAACACGCGGACUCCUGACUUUCAAUAUUUAAAACAAUACGGCAUGACGUCGGGCUAUGCUAUAGCUGCGAGUACACCUAGAAAUUUGUCCAAGGAAUUUGGUAAUGAUGAAGAGGACAGCCCGCAUACCCCUGAAAAUAUGAUACGACUUAUUCCAGAAGGCAUGAGUAGUAUCAAGAAGUGUCAUAAGAAGGAGAGAUUUAGUUGCGUAGAAAAAGAGGCUUUGAAAAUAGAUGAUCCUGUGCGGAAUGAAAACUUAUGUGCAAAAGGAACGACAGAGUCACUGGAAACAGAUGACAUACUUACAAGUAGCAGUUCUGCUACGAAAGAAUCUCCGAAGAAGAGUAGAAAUGUUAAGAAGAUACUCGUUUAUAAUUUGGAUGAUGAGUUUUCUGACAAUGAAUUAAUUGUUGUUGAUGCUAAGCAAAAAGCUGCGCCGAAGAAUAUCGACUCGAGCGAUAGUGAAAUGUGCGAAGAAAAUACACAAGAUAUUCAUGAUACACUACCAUCAACAUCAUCAAAUAAUGAUGAGAAGGAAAACGAUUCCAAUUUGCAAGAGGCAACAUCAAGUAACGUUGAUUUGGCAGAAUCUGGAAACAACACGACAUUUGAGAAGUUUAAUCCACUUAUUGAUCUACGUACACCAUAUAUUAUUCACCCAGUAUCACCUCCAAAACCUACGUGUUUCCGUGAACAAUGGCCUGAAAUGACAAUAGCGAAGUCUACUUCAUAUACAGAUCCAAAUCUAAAUCAGUUACUAACUGUAUGGGGUAAUAAAAGACACGCAUUUGAAAAUAAACGGCCGAUUACGCCUGAAAAUACACAUUCAAGUAGACUCUUAUUGUCUCAAUACAUGUCUGUUAAAAAAUCACACAAGAAAGACAAGAAGAAGAAUAAGAGUAUUUCGGAUAUCUCAUAUGUUAUGGAUAAUGAAGUAAGAUCAUCAUCUUCCGAUGGAUCUAACCAGAAAAGAAAAAAGGGUAUGAGCAUGUCUAUGCAAGAUUAUUUGCAGUUAGCGUAUUCUGGUAGAUUUUCUCCAAGAUGUCAAAAUGUGGACAAUGAAUUUACAAUUCAUACUCCUAAAAAAAGAACGUCAUUCUUCCGUACUUUAACGAAUUAUGUUUGCAAAGAAAAAACGCCACUAGAAAGAGACAAUGAAUCAACCGAAGUUGCGGAUACAAUAGACGCAAAUGGAAGGUUAACUCCAAUUAAUAUGUCGACGGCAGAACUACUCUGUAAUAAAAACUCUAUUAAAAAGUCGCAUAAGAAAGACAAGCAUGACGGUAGCAUAUGCAGGAGACGAAAUUUGGGGAAGAAGCUGUUAGAGUAUACCAAGGAAACAGGGAACAUGAAUAUUGCAGAUUACAUUGAGAUAUUAGAAGAUCGUACAACUCCAUCCUUGAAGUUAAAUCCAAACGGUGGUUCUUUUGACGAAACAGGAGCGUGCAGUAGUAGGCGUAAUGAAGACAGGAAGAGCAACGAGGAGAGCAUUUACGAUCCUCAACCAUCUACGAGCCGAGAGAAUAGCCUUAUUGAAAGUACGAAAAAUCCGAAGAAAUUGCAACUUCCAAGUACAACACCUCCGAACAAUUUGAGUACGCUGAAGUUUAUGAAACUGCAGCACGCAACUUCCAUUAAGAAAUCUCAUAAAAAAGAGCGUGACCUUAAUGCACAGAGCAAAUAUAUUUUGAUGAAUCACGAAUACGAUUUGUCUGAUGAUGGAUCGAUAUUCGACGAGGAGGAUAAAUUGACUUACGAUGAAAGUCCGUGCAAAUAUAAUAACAAUUAAAUGACAAUAAUUGAAUGGUAUGGCAUGGGUAAGUUCAAGUAGAAACUACUGAAUAUUGUCAUGGAGAUAAAUCACGCUAAGUGAUUGUAAUGUAACAAUUACUUAAAAGGAUGGAAGUGCCUUAAAAGAAAAUUUCCUUUUUGCAUAAAAUAAUUACAAAUAUUGACUUUAUAGGUAUUAUAUUUACCUUAUAUUUUAUAAAUUUGGAAGGUAUUGAAAAUAUAAUUAUAAAAAAUUAUAUAUAUAUAUAUAUAUAUAUAUAUAUAUAUAAAAUUAUAUUUUUACCAUAUAUGUGUGAGAUUUCGAACUUAACGUAAAUUUAAACCAGAGUUAUGUAAUUGAUUUACAAGCGAAUAUAACAAAAACAAGUAGAUUUUUUAAAGUUCUUUUUUUUCAGAAAAAAAUCUACUAAAGAUUUUCUAAUUGUAAAAGAUCUGAUUAAAUAUGCUGCAAUAUCAGCUGAUUAAUACUGUCAAUGUAUGAUUAAUCGUCAGUAAUAUUGUUUAAAGCAGUGCUUUUUAAAGGCAUGUUAUAUCUUUUACAUAGAUUUUAACGCAAUGUAAUUUAGGCAUGGGCAGUAUUUGUAAUAUUUACGUAUGUAAUACUGUUUAUUUUUUGCUAGCAUUGUUUAUACAAUUUUAAGAGUAGACUUUCAUAAGCAUAUAAUACAGUUUUAUCCUCAACUGUUUCUUUUCUUUUUCACAAUAGUUUCACUUUUGCAAUUGAAAUGUUACACUUAGAUUUUGUAACAUUAGUUUCUAUAAAUUUUAUUCAUAUUUUGUUACAUUUUUGUAUAUAAUUUAUAGAAAGUAUGGGCACCUUAUAAAUUACAAUGCGUUUUUACUCUAAUUGAAUAUUACAUCCCAUAGUACAAAUCUCUAAAAGACUUCUUAAAGAAUUCCAAAAGUGUUUUAAAGGACUUGGGAACUCUUUUGGAACUCUAAAUCUUUUAGAGAUUUGUGCUAUAUGGGAUAUAUAUCAUUGAAUAAUUUACAGAAAAUAAAUUUAUGUAUUAUUAAAAACCAUAUGUAGGAUUAAAAGGAAUGAGUUAAAAAAUUUCGCAAAAAUUUUUCUAUAUCCUUGUGAUAUUGUAUAUAAGAUAAACAUAAAUACAUAUUUUCCUAAACAUAACAUAAUAAACAUUGUUAAUAGCAUAAUAUGAAUAAAGUAUAUGGCAACGGAA